AUGGAUAGAACAAACGACCAGCGACGCAAUAGUUCACCAAAUUACAAUCGACCCCGAGAUACAACAUAUCGUUCAAAUUCUAAUUAUUCGUCUGAAAGAGAUAAUCAUUCAAAUUCUCACUAUAUAUCUUCACGAUAUUCGCAGAGCUCUGAUUAUUCAAUGAGAGAAUCUUCACAAGCACCACUUCGUUACGACAUGAGAGAAGAAGAAUCUCAAAUAGCUUUUAGACAAGUUCCUUUUGUUGGAAAUAAUAGAGAUUUAAAACCAUACGGACGACCUUCAAUGUCAACCCCUCAACCUUACGAUCGUAGACCACCAUAUCGUGGUGGUACUCCAUAUCAUAUCCCAUAUUCUCGUCCUGGAGUAGGUGGUCCCCCAUCUCAUAAUCACAGAGAUUUUGGAGGGGCACCACCAUAUAACCCACCUUAUUCAAGAGGAAGCCCACUUCAGCAUUCUUCUUAUCAACGUCCUCCACCAUUUCAUGCACCACCAUUUCCCCCAACAGCACCAAGACCUCCUUUACCUUUACAUCCUCCUAUGUUUCCACCUGUUCCAUUACGACCAAUACAAACUGUAGUAUCAUUUUCUCCUCUACAUGAAAAAGAGGCGUGGGGAACUAAAUAA